UAUUAAAUUUUAGCCCAUUUUAAACUCCACCAAUCCUUUUAAAACCUUUCAAAAGCUUAAGAAGACAAUUUCCGACCACCCAAACACUUCCUUCUCACUGUUCAUAAACUAUAUUACAUUUAGCGGGAAAUAUACAGUUAACUCAAAAAAUAAAAUAAAGAACUUGUUCAAUCAUGGCAAAAAAAAUCUCUUCCGUUUUUUUUGGGUCAUAAAAUCCAAACAUGUCCUUAUUUAUUUCUAUGACCUGUUUGGAAAAACUAGGAAAUCUUUCAUUUUCAUCUUAACUUUCAAGUUUUAACCUUUUAUUUUCCCCUCUCCAACAAUCUCGGCACAACAUACACGAAAUUUUCCUCCAUUUUCUGCUCCAACUUUUGUUGUUUUUUUUUUCUUCUGCUCACUAGUCAAAUUAAUAGUGAAAUGAAAUGACAAAUUUCUAUUUCCUAAAAUUUUGUAUUUAUGCCCUUAAUUUAAGUUACUGACUUUCACCUUUUUCUUUGCUUAUUAAGAUGGAGAAAAUUUUCUAACUUGUUUAAAACUAUGGGAAUUUCAAUUUCCUCUGUUUUUUCAUAAGUUAAAACCCCAAAAACCCAGAUUUUUUUUUUUUUUUCUAAUUGUGUUUUUCUUAAGGAAUUUAUGCUGAAGAACAUGCUAAUUUCUGGGAAUUCGAACUGGGUUUUUCUAUGGAGCUAUGUUGUUCAUGUUUUUGGUUUCAUUCUUCGGUAUAUUUUGAGGUUUUCUGGUGAGAAAUCUGUGGAAAGUAGAACACUUUUUGAUGAUAUUUGUGCAAAAUCUGAUGUGGGUAGUACUGAAAAUGAUGAUGAAAAGAUGGGUUGUGAUCAAAUUGAGGAGAGAGAAAUUCCCAAGUUUGAUUCUGAAGUUGCAAAUGUUUCCAAUGCAAGCACAAGUAAGUACCAGUUCUUUGCUGGGAAUAGUGUUUAUGCAUGCAUUGAAGAGCCUCAAACUAUGAACUUUACUGUCCAAGAAAUGUUUGUUAUUUCGCAUGAUGAAUCUUCUCUUGAGCAAGAAUCUCUUGAGAAAGAUGAUAUUUCUCCUCAGAUUGAUUUUCCAGUAUUUUCUGUUGAUUUUGAUCAUAAAGUUGGAGUUAAUUCUUGUUCAUUGGAUGAUAUUGGAGUUAAUUCUUGUUCAUUGGAUGAUAUUGGAGUUAAUUCUUGUUUAUUCGAUGAUAUUGAAGUUAAUUCUUGUUCAUUGGAUCAUAAUGAUUGUGUUAGUGAGUUAAGUGAUGAAGAAGAAGAGGUUGAAAAACAGAGCAAAACAGAGAACUCUGUUUUUGAUGUUAGUUUGAAAGUGGGAGAAGAAGGAUUAAGUUGUGAUCAAGAUGAGGAUGAAGAGAUUAUUGAUCAAAUAGAUGAAAUCGCGGCGAAUUUCGAUGAAUUUCGUCCGUCUGUAUCAGAUAGUGAUGAUUUUUGGGCUAGCAUUCAUACAUAUGAUGGUUUCUUAGUUAACAAUGAGAAGUUUGAUUCUGAAUUUGAUGAAAUAUUACAUCACAAAAGUUAUUCUUUAGCAUUGGAGCCUGAAACUCCAAUUGGUAUUGGUGAUUUAAGGGUGGAUUAUGAUCAAGAUAGUCCAAGCUCAAUUGAUGAUUUUCUAAUCAAUGAGAAUAAUUUUCAAUUAGAUGAUUUAAGUAUGGAUUAUGAUUAUGUGGUUGAUCAGAACAACUCCAAGGUAGAUGAUGUUAAUGAUGAAUUCGAGCACGAAGAUGUCGAAUCUUCUUACAUAGAACUAGAGCCGGAAUCAUUCUAUUCAACUAACAAUGCCAAAGAGCAUAAGACUAAGGAUGAACUAUCCUAUCCUAAGUACAACGAGAUCGAUGAAGAAAGCUCGAAUUUAAGUGAUUCGAAAGAUUUGGAUGGUAGUGACGAAGAUGAUCAAAUGGGAGGUGAUGUACUAUUGGAACAAAAGGAAUUGAUCCGGCAAAUGAAAAAGGAAAUGAGGCAAUUGAAGAUAAGUGGGCUACCCACUAUCUUAGAAGAAUCAGAGUCUCCAAGAGUGGAAGAAGAUUUGAGGCCAUUGAGAAUUGAUGAAAGAAUCGGACAUAAAGAUCGCAUGGAUGAAAUUCAAACCUUCUACAGAAGGUAUUUGGACAAGAUGAGAAAAUUGGACAUUUUGAGUCAACAAACAAUGUAUGCAAUUGGUCUUCUCCAAUUGAAAAACCAAGAUCUGGCCUUGAACAAAAAGGUAUCAGUUCCAGUAAUUAAGUCACUUCUGGCUCAAAACUUCUGGUCUAACAAGCUAAGAAAGCAUGAAGCUGAUCCAGUACAUAAACUAAUUAGAGAAUUGCAAAGGGACUUGGAAUUGGUGUAUGUUGGUCAGCUUUGUUUAUCAUGGGAGAUGUUGAAAUGGCAACAUCAUAAAGCUGAAGAGCUACAAGCUCAUGAUCCUGAUGGAUUUCGUCAGCAUAACCAAGUUGCCGGAGAAUAUCAGAAGUUCCAAGUUCUCUUACAAAGGUUCACCGAGGAUGAGCCCUUCCAUCAAGGACCCCGAGUUCAACACUAUGUUAAGAGUCGUUGUGGUCUUCCUGCCCUGCUUCAAGUUCCCCUUAUCAAAGAUGAUCCCAAGAACGAAUGGAAAAGAGAUGGGGAGGGUGUAAUUUCAGUCAAAAUGCUGAAGGAAGCCAUUGGUGCAUCAAUGCGCGCAUUUUGGGAUUUUCUUCAUGCUGAUAAAGAAGAAGUUUGUGCAAUACCUCUGAUGGGUAUUCAUGGUGUUCAGGUUGUUCUCCAAGAUCCUUCAGAUACAGAGUUGCUAGCAGAAAUUCGUUCGAGUCUUCAAAAGAAGGAGAAGAGGCUCAAGGACUUAGUAAGAAGUGGGAAUUGCUUAGUGAAGAAGUUCAAGAAGCAUCAAGAUCAAAGACUAAGCCAUGAAACACUUGUUGCACAGGUGGAACUUCGUUUGGUCUCUCGAGUGUUGAGUAUGCCCAAAUUAACUACCGAUCAACUCUUAUGGUGCCAUAAGAAAUUGAACAAGAUUGAUAUAAUCGGCAGGAAGAUCUACCUAGAGUACUCAUUUUUGCUCUUUCCUUGUUAACCACGAGCUAGCUCCUCCUGAUUUCGUAGGAGCUAUGUUACUCAGACGGUACAUCUCAUCUUAAGCACUCGUGUCAAAUUCUCUCGAACAUGGUUAUGAACAUCUCGACUCUUCACUUUAGACCAAAAUCAUGGAAAUUUUUGACAAGUAUCUGUGUCCGAUACAAAACACGAGUAUCCAAGUCCAAGUAACAUAGCAUAUGCAUAGAAGUAUUAUAGAGAAAGCUUUGCCUGGCGCAAAGAAUAGGGAUUCCAACACCAAUGUACAGAAAAUUAAUAAUACUCAGCUUUUGUCAUGUACGAAGGAAGUUUUAUAAAUUCCUUGUGUAUGAUUUUGCUGCUUAGAUAUUUAGGGGAUAAAAGCACAUGAAUUAUGUACAAUAGGAAAGUUAAGCAAUCAAAAAUGAUGCUGAACAUCUUGCUGUACUUUCUUGUAGUAGCAGAGAUCUGCAGCUUAUGUUAAUUUCAUGUGCAUUAUGUUAAUAAAAAGAAAAUUAAUUAUAAUCA